AUGUCGGCAACGCAAGUCCCGAGUGCGCAGUUUCAUGUUGUCCUAGUACGAAGGACCGAGUGCCACUACCGUGCUACCCUUGAAGAGCAGGGAGCGUACCAAGAGUUGUUCCGUAUUCUAGCAACAAAGCCAAUACAUGAAGGCACUGGUAUCUUGAGAAGAAUCCAGAGCGGUCAUGAUGUUGAGUCGAUACUUGACCACAUUCAACGUGCAGAUCUUCUAAAACAGGCACAUGUUGUGCCGGAUCACUAUUACCAGUAUGAGUUCCCUUAUCGCAAAGAAAUGCCUAGCUUCUUGAUCCAAGAAGGGAAUCAGUACCUUGAUUCAUGGGUGUAUAAGUACUCAUUGGGUGGGACGAGGACACAAGAUGAUGAUAAUCCGUCAACAGAGUAUUCUAUAAUUUACGAGGCUCCAUAUCGUGCAGCCGAAAUGGUUGAUCCUCUCUUAGACCAUAUCGACGCACGGAAAUGGACGUGCAUCAUCGAUGAUAACAAGUUAUUACGGAAGCUACUAGAGACGUAUUUCAUGACAGAAUACCCUUUCUACCCAGCCUUCCAAAAGAACUACUUUCUGGAAGACAUGGCAGCAGGCCGAAGCAAAUACUGCUCCUCUCUUUUAGUCCAUGCAGUCCUUGCAUCUGCUUGCCACGGCUACUCUAAGAUGAGUCAUCGCUCCCAGUUCUGGAAUCCUCGGACUCUUGGGUAUCAGUUCCUUGCAGAAGCACGCCGACUAUGGGAGCUGGAGAUUGGCAAUGCUCGACUUACGAAUAUCCAGGCUGCGAUUGUCCUAUCGAUUGUGCAUGAUGCCAAUGGUAGUGAUGAGGUGGGGAGAUCUUAUCUGACCCAGGCCGUUGCGGCUGCGCAUGCAAUGCAUCUAUUCUCUACGCCGACCACGAAUAGCGAUGAUGUUGAGUAUAAUGCGAGGGCCUUCACGGCAUGGGCGUUAUUCGGGCUACAAGGCGUCCACAGCUUCCACGUGUUCAAAGCACCAUUACUAUCCAUGCCUCCUAGCAUACAGCUGUCUACUCAAGAUGACUGCUAUGGAGACUUCGGGCUGCGCUAUCCAUCAGCGAAGGGACCCUUAUCGAUCAACUAUGCCAAUACCUUUCGAACAUUCUCUGAGUUCCGACUUAUUAUGAACGAUGUUGCUGCUGUGUUUUUCUCGGGUUUCAAGAAUACUCCAGACACCAUUGUGGACAGAAUCAAAGGUUUCUGUAUCCGUCUUGACAGCUGGUAUCGAAAUCUUCCGCCAGGUCUCAGAGCAACAGAAAUCACUUUUCCCUGGCAGCUCAAGCUCCAUAUUCACUACUACAACCUUACUGUAUAUCUCCUGGAGACACUGUGCAUGACAACAGCUCCCGCACUGGUUGAUGAAAGCGUCCAGAAGGUUUUGAGCGACGCCAAGAUAAAGAUGGAGACGUUGCUACGCUUAUACUAUCAGCGGCACGGAUUCGAGUCUUACGACAUAUUCAUCAUAAUCCUGCUAGCCUUUGUAGGCUUCAUGCACGCAAAGAACUUGGAGAACUCUGAGAUGGCAGAUCUCGAAAGCCGAAGAUCGACUGUCGUCCUUGUUCUUAAAGGUCUGGGAGACCAAAGCAUCAACUGUUAUGUGGCCAAAGUAGUGCUUCGUCUACUAAAGGGCAGCAUUGGAAGUGAAAACAGCUUUCUUUUAAAAGAGGUGGAUAUUGUAGAGGAAGGGGGUGAGGAAGAGAGGGCAAUGGAGGAGCAGGUGAAUUCAUCUUGGCCCAUUGACCUGGAGUGGAUCGACGUUGAUCCAGAGAAAAAUAGAUUAGACAAUGUCAUCAGGAAGACAAAGGAGCUAGAAUUCUGA